GUGUCACCGAAAAGGGCAAAGCUUUCGGAAAUAGAAACAAAGUUGGUCACAAAUCACAUUGGCUUUGCCCGGUUCCCCCCCCCCCACCUUUCUUUAGCAUGCGACCAUGGGGCAAGUGACCGCUGCUGUCAGUGGGGGAAGUUGGGGUGCUUUGGUGCCGAGGGAACGGCUGUAACUUCUACGUGACCAUGGUACCUGUUGAAAACGCAGAGGGCCCCAGUCUGCUGAAACCCAAGGGGCGAGCAGCGGAGACGGAUGGCAGCGACAGAGCCAGCGGCGGCCGGCAUCCUCCCUGGGCGAGAGGUUGCGGGGUGUUUACUCUCCUGUCCUCUGUCACGGCUGCUGUCAGCGGUUUCCUGGUGGGGUAUGAACUCGGGCUCAUCUCUGGGGCUCUCCUUCAGAUAAGAACCCUCUUAGCCCUGACCUGCCACGAGCAGGAGAUGGUUGUGAGCUCCCUCCUCGUUGGGGCUUUACUGGCCUCUCUCGUCGGAGGGGUCCUGAUUGACAGGUACGGAAGGAGGGCCGCCAUCAUCUUGUCGUCCUGCCUGCUUGGACUUGGAAGCCUAGUCUUGAUCCUCAGCUUAUCUUACACGACUCUGAUAGCGGGACGCAUCGCUAUAGGGGUUUCCAUUUCACUCUCUUCCAUCGCCACUUGUGUGUACAUCGCGGAAAUUGCUCCCCAACACCGAAGAGGCCUUCUUGUGUCACUGAAUGAACUGAUGAUCGUCAUUGGCAUUCUUUUUGCCUACAUUUCAAAUUACGCUUUUGCCAAUGUUUCCCACGGCUGGAAGUACAUGUUCGGCCUUGUCAUUCCUUUGGGAGUUCUGCAAGCGAUUGCCAUGUACUUUCUUCCUCCGAGUCCUCGGUUUCUGGUGAUGAAGGGACACGAGGAAGCUGCUAGCAAGGUUCUCGGAAAGUUGAGAGCCAUCUCCGAUACGACGGAGGAACUCACUGUGAUUAAGUCUUCCCUGAAAGAUGAAUAUCAGUAUAGUUUUUGGGAUCUGUUUCGUUCCAAGGACAACAUGAGGGCUCGGGUAAUGAUAGGCUUAACAUUGGUAUUUUUUGUGCAAGUCACUGGGCAGCCAAACAUACUGUUCUAUGCAUCAACUCUUUUGAAGUCUGUUGGCUUCCAGAGCAAUGAGGCAGCUAGCCUCGCCUCCACGGGGGUUGGGGUUGUCAAGGUCAUCAGCACCAUCCCGGCCACCCUUCUUGUAGACCACGUUGGGAGCAAAACCUUCCUCUGUGUCGGCUCCUCCGUGAUGGCAGUUUCACUGGUGACCAUGGGCACUGUGAAUCUCAAAAUCCACAUGAACUUCACCAAUAUCUGCAGACACCAUAGUCCUAUCAACCAAUCCUUGGAUGAGUCUGUGCUUUAUGGACCAGGUAACCUGUCAGCCAGCAACGACAGUCUUAGAGAAUCCUUUAGGGGGAUGACUUCCCGCGGCAGAAGCUCACUGAUGCCCACAAGAAAUGACAUGGAUAAGAGAGGAGAGACGACCUUGGCAUCCUCACCAAAUGCUGGACUAAGCCGAACUGAGUACCAGAUGGUCACAGACGCUGCCGAUGUCCCAGCUUUUUUGAAGUGGCUGUCCUUAGCCAGCUUGCUUGUUUAUGUUGCUGCAUUUUCAAUUGGGCUAGGACCAAAGAACCUCUCAGGUUGGCAGAGGUCAGAACAUGGCACACAUUAUAUUAUGAGAGACACUGAACUUAAACUUCCAGAACCAACCUCUUCAUGUGCCCUGGCUGGUGCUGAGCGAGAUUUUUCCUGGUGGAAUUCGAGGACGAGCCAUGGCUCUAACUUCCAGCAUGAACUGGGGCAUCAAUCUUCUCAUCUCUCUGACAUUUUUGACUGUGACGGAUCUCAUUGGCCUGCCGUGGGUGUGCUUUGUGUAUACAAUCAUGAGUCUAGCAUCCCUGGUUUUCGUUAUUGUGUUCAUACCCGAGACAAAGGGAUGCUCUUUGGAACAAAUAUCAAUGGAGCUGGCAAAAGAGAACUAUGUGAAAAACAACAUUUGUUUCAUGAGUCAUCACCAAGAGGAAUUAGUGCCAAAACUGCUUCAAAAAAGAAAACCCCAAGAACAGUUCUCGGAGUCUAAAAAGCUGCGGGGCAGGAGACAACCAAUGUAGCUUUCUCCAGAGACCUAGUGGUCUCAAAGCCUUACAGAUGGUGAUGCAGUGUAAGGACACUUACGAGUGUCUUCCCGCUGAUACACGUUGGCCACUCCCAUGUUUUCUCUUCAGUUUCAGGGGAGCUAGUUUUAUAGAAACAAUCUUUAAUCUCUACACCCCAAAAGCAACCAGAAAAGGGAGAUAAGGUACAAGGUUCCAAGUGAUCUCUUUCCUACUCUGAGCAGAACACCAGGUUAAAAAUAAUACCAGCUGGUUCAGUAUCUUCCAACUUUUUUUCAGAGCAGCCUUUGAAAGACUAUGGACCAGUGAUGCCAUUACCUUUUACCGUAAGGCUUGUAUGCCUCGAGGCCAGCUGUGGCUUUAUCAUUCAGACACAGAAGUGGUCUGAACAUAAGCUUAUAGGUUUUGCCUAUGAAGACACUACUUGCACUGGGUCUUGUGUCAAAAAGAACCAGGACACAGUGUGGACAAUUGCACACAUCUUCUGGGUUAGACAGGGUCCUGGUUAGGAUUUUAGUGAUAAUUCCUAAUAACAGUUCAACAACUAUAGAGAUUAUACAUCUUAUUUUAUGAAUUAUGAACUACAAUGUAAUGCAAAAUAUCCUUUCAUGAAUUUGAUGUUAGUAUUAUAAAGUAUUAAAAGAAACGAUUCUGUAGUAGUUGAAAAAAAUAAACAUUUUUCCAUCCAUUUUUUAAAAGAAUAUCAAUAGUAAGAAUUUCAAAAUCAUGGGGCCAGAUUUAUUUAGAAGUAUCUGUAAAUUAAGACAUGAGAAAAGGAGUCAGGCCAUUAGGAUAUUUAUCCAAAUCUGGAAGUAAUUAGGUUUGAGUUAUUAAUAAGUCAAGCUUAUAAAAUUCUCUCUUUUGUAAGGCUUUCAUGGUAACUCAACCGCAGUCCAUAAUUUCCCACAACUCUUCACACUCCUCAGGAAUAUCACUACCUCAGGUUACGGCGUACGGGCAAUAAUUGAUGCUCACUUCCAUACGACUGCAGACACAAUGAGUGACAUCCAGACGAUUCCCUCACUGUGCUCUUCUCUAUGACCAAACAGAGAUCACCGAGUGUACCAGAUACUUGGGUUUCACCCACACCACAGUGUAUUGCACUCUUCUGUAUUUCUCCAGUUGAGUUUUAAGACCUGGGGAGGCAUUUUACCCACUGAAUUUGGAUACGAUGAUAGAAAAUCUACAAUAAAGAAUCUUAAACCACUUAUGCAGUGACCCAUUAAACCACUAGUAAUAUAAGCUUUGGGAAACACAAAAAGUAUUGAACAACCUAAUUUGAAAAAGAAUACAGAAAUGAUUAACCUGAAGAAAAGAGAAUCCCAAGAGUCAAAACUCCUUUUUAUUAGACUGAAAUUUUUCUAUUGGCCCCGUAACCAACUGUCCCAGUUUGAUAUAAGGGUAUAUGAUCUACUGCAGCCCCCUGUAAUGAAGUGGUAAGACCACAAUCUAUGUGACCAAUAGUAAAACUGCAUUAUCAGAAACUCGGGAGAAUGACUCAAAGACCUGGUUCUGAAACAUAGUAUCUAAAUUAAAAUUGGUAGUGGAAGUUAUGAGGAAAGGAGAUUUGCCAUCUCCAUUCUACACGGUGUUUCAUACACCACUUAGAGCAAACGCUACUUUGUUCAUUUGUUUUGGAAGGAGAAGGAAAAAUGUGUUCUGUCGAGGAUCAAUUUAAAUUUAUUAUGAACCUUCAGUGGAAUUAUAUGCUGAGAUUAAAAAAAAAAUCAAGACAGGUAAUCAAUAUGAAUUUUCUUUUCUUUGCUAAGCAUCACAGAUUAUAAGAUAUCUACCAAAACUGUUACAUAUUGGCUGUGAAGUUCAAAUACUGUAUAUACUUCAGGUAUUUCUUGGUUUAGCCCUGCACUGCAAAUGGGCAGGAAACUGUUUAUAAACCUAGUAGGUUUAUCACUAUGUGGUUUCAACUUCAGUAUCUUCAACACUCAUAUUUUCCUUUUAUUAUCCAGAGCGUAUAAUGAAAACAAUUCUGUCUUCAAACUAAUUUUUACCCAGUACACCCCCAAUUCGAGCUUACUGACUUUUAAAAAUAAAAAAGGGGGAAUACUGAUAAUUUGUAUGUAGAUAUUCAGUUUUUAUUUAUAAAAAAAAA